AUGGGCCGCAAGCCAAACACACUUAUCACCGAGUUCUUCCACCGAGGUGAGAAGCUGCCAGACUCUAGCAACAGAUAUGAGCAUACGUGUAAGCUCUGUGGGGAGAAGUUCCUCAAAGGCCGACCGGAUACUCUAAUCAACCACAUCACGAAGAUAUGUCCGGCAAUCUCCACGGCGGACAGAGAUCGGGUGGCCUACCUGUCUGGCGCUGCCGCGAACAGAUAUCGAGAUAAAGGUGCUGUGCGCAAUAGCCAGCCUGCUCCUAGCUCGAAUACUGCGGCAAUGGGUGAUCAAGCUCGUGGGAAACGCGCUGCAAACUUCCAGAACGGCCCCAGUCUAAAUGGCCUGAAUGUGCUUGCCGAGGCGUCCAGGAGAGUCGGUGCCUCGAACGAAGGACACAUACAGGAUCGGAUACUGGAACUCAGUGCUGCUGAGCGCGACAUGGUGGUCGAUCCUGCUCUCGAGAACUCGUCUAAGUUCAGUCUUGGUAUGAUAACCGCUACUUAUACUAUGAGUUUACACCCAUGUGCUAACAUGCCUAUUUUAGAAGCUGAAUUACACGCUCAGUUUAUUCACACAUCGUCGCCAACCGCUCCCUUUUUCUCAACAUCCUCUGUGGAUGCUACGUCGCCUCUUCCAAUGCCUGCCGUGCAUUCCCUGCUGCCCGUGGACACGCACCCAGACCAUCACUCAUCUCAGCUUUCAUUGAUUGCUGCAUCUGCAAACGAGAUGGUGACCGAUGACCCUUCUAGCUCUUUGGAAUCAGCAGCCAUGUGCCACCAAAAGUCGGAUGCGUGGCAGCUUCCACCCCAGACCGCACCCCCACAGGCUACCAUCGGCCUUUCGCCUACCAUUGAACUGCCAACUGCAGACGAAAUGAUGAUUCAAAAUCAUAUCCCUGCUGAAUUGAGUAUGCCUCCGGCUUCCAAUGAACGGCCCGGAACAUACCUUCGACCCCUUACCACGAACCCCGAAGUUCAACAGUCCAAUAGUGACUUCUUCUGUGAAGUUGUAGACACCAAAAAAUCAAAUAAAAAACGGUCGACUUUCUCUGAAGAGAGGCGGAAGGAAGUCAGGGUGGUGAGAAAGAUGGGGGCUUGUCUCCGAUGCCGGAUGUUGAAGAAAACGGUUAGUGAAUACCUUAAUCGUUAUUCUAACGUGCAAUUACGGUAUAUUAACGUUUGUCACGAUGUCAGUGCUCAGCUGGAACACCUUGUGGCCAGUGCCGGAAUCUUCAGAAUCCGCGAGUUUGGAUGGAGUGUUGUAUCAGAACUCGCCUUAUGA